UCCUGAGCGGUAGCGCGAGCUCAGUACAACGAAGAGAACCCAGCCAGUUCACAUCGCGCGACUCUAGCGAAGGGAGAGAAAGAGAAAGAAAGAGAGAGCCUGCACCUUAAAAUCAGCGCUUAUAUCCGGAGAGGGUCGCCGCAGCCUGGAGGGGGAACGAGGGAUUUGAUCUGCACCGUUAUUUUUUUCUUUUGUGCUUUCUUUAUUUCUUUUCUGGGGGAAGGAUUGUGAGCGUUUGCGUGCAAAGAUGAUGGUCGGGGAGAUGGAGGUGAAGGAGAGACCGAGGCCGAGUCCCGACUAUCUCAUGCAGUUAUUGAACGAGAAGAAGCUCAUGACUAGUUUACCGAACCUGUGCGGCAUCUUCACACACCUGGAGAGACUCUUGGACGAAGAGAUAACCAGAGUGAGGAAGGACAUGUAUAACGACACAGUGAACGGUCUGGUGGACAAACACCCCCUGGAGUUACCAGAGCCAUUGGGACCCAUCGUACAUCUACAGGAGAAACUCUUCGUACCAGUCAAAGAGUAUCCAGAUUAUAAUUUUGUUGGGAGAAUUCUUGGCCCUCGUGGACUCACAGCAAAGCAACUGGAGGCAGAGACUGGCUGCAAGAUCAUGGUUAGAGGGAGAAGCUCCAUGAGAGACAGAAAGAAGGAGGAGCAGAACAGAGGGAAGCCAAACUGGGAGCACCUAAAUGAAGACCUGCACGUGCUGAUCACAGUGGAGGACACACAGACACGUGCCGAGAUCAAGAUGAGAAGAGCUGUCGAAGAAGUCAAGAAGCUACUGGUGCCUGCAGCGGAAGGAGAAGAUAAUCUAAAGAAGAUGCAGCUUAUGGAGCUGGCCAUUCUAAAUGGAACAUACAGAGACACCAACAUCAAAACACACACCCUUGCGUUCUCUCUUGCAGCAGCGGCAGCAGCUGCUCAAGGCCCGCGUCUGAUCGCGGCCCCUGCAGGUCAGGUCCUCCCCCCGUCUGCCCUCAGGCCCCCCACUCCGGCAGGGACCCCCAUCAUGAACAUCAUUCGGCCCACUCAGAUGGCCACUGUGUUACCCAAUGGCACCCCUACCCUGGUGCCCCCGACGCCCGACGCGGGCAUUAUCUACACCACGCCCUAUGACUACCCUUAUGCCUUGGCACCCACGUCUCUGCUGGAAUAUCCUAUCGAGCACAGCGGAGUCCUAGGUAAGCGGGCGUGGGGGCUUGGCACUUCACCCUUCGGUGCCCCGCAAGAGGGUAUUGCCGGGUUGUUUUACGGGGGCAUGUUGGAUGGGUCGUCACCCGGCCCAGUUCAGGACUCACUGAAAGGUGCAAUGGCUACUAAAGUGCGGAGACAUGAUUCACGGGUCCAUCCUUACCAAAGGAUAGUGACCACAGACAGAGCCGCCACCGGCAACUAACAAAUGACCUCUGAACUCUUCACCCAAUGAUGAGCCGCCCAAGCCUGCCUGCUGAUCAGAUUAACUGGUAAUUGCCUUUUGCUAGCCUGGUGGACGCAGAGAGAGAGGCACCUGUCCAAGCAGUGAUCCUAACAUAAACCAACAUAAAACUCAACAACCCUCCAUACCAACACACAUUGUGUAGCGAUAACAACGAUGAUACUCUAUUAUUUUGUUUUUGUUUUUACUAUUAUUUCUUUCUUUUUCUUUUAAAAUCUCAAAUGACUGGGUGGAUGUUAACAGUGAUAUUGUGUUACCCGAAAAUCUGCACUAAAGUUUAAAAGCAAUAAAGAAGCAUCUUCUGCUAAUUCAGCCCUUAAAUGAAUUUAUACUCAAAGCUCCAAUAUAAAAAAAAAAAUGA